UUCUCACUUUGCCCACCAUCUCGCUACACCAUCGCACCCAACACCCACUUCCCUGAUAUCCACGCGCUACAAAACAGUAUGGUCGCUGAUCCUACAAACUUCUCGCUUCAAGGUCGUGGGCUGAAGCUUGAUACCCGCAAAGACAUUGUACCACACCUUGCAGAGUACGAUCCUGAAGUGGUCGAGGAAAUCCACUUCGGCGGUAACACCAUCGGUGUUGAGGCCGCGCAAGCAUUGGCCGAGUUCCUCGAGAAGACGAAGGUCCUGAAGGUAGCCGAUUUUGCAGACAUUUUCACGGGUCGUCUCAUCACCGAGAUCCCGCAAGCUUUAUCUGCGAUAUGCGAUGCGCUGAAAGACAAGACAUCACUCGUUGAGAUCAACCUGAGUGACAAUGCCUUUGGCGGUCGCUCUGUCAAUCCCAUGGUGCCGUUGCUCACCACGAAUCGCUCCUUCCAGAUCCUUAAGCUGAACAACAACGGCCUCGGCCCUGCGGGUGGCGCGGUCAUUGCAGAUGCGCUCCUACAAUCUGCACUGCUUUCGAAGAAGGAAGGCACGCCCUCGAACUUGCGCACCGUGAUCUGCGGGCGGAAUCGCCUCGAGGAUGGUUCGGCGAGCGCAUGGGCGAAGGCGUUCGAGGCGCACGGUGGGCUCACCGAGAUUCGCAUGCCACAGAAUGGCAUCCGAAUGGACGGCAUCUCCGCCCUUGUGCAGGGCAUCUCCGCCUGCAAAGGCCUCGAGCUCCUCGACCUCGAAGAUAACACCUUUGGCAGGCUUGGCUCGAAGACGAUGGCGGGGGUACUUAAGCGCUGGCCGAGCCUGCAUACUCUCAACCUCUCCGACUGCCACCUGACGAAGGAGGGUGACAUCUCGCCCAUUGUCGAGAUCCUCGCGGACGGCUCGAACCCGAACCUGCACACUUUACGCCUACAGAACAACAAUUUCGAGACGCAGACGUACCAGCUCCUCUCGGGUGGCAUCGAGUCCGGGCUUGGUAUGCUCAAACUGCUCGAAUUGCAGUGGAAUGACAUCGAGGAGGAGGAUGAGGGUCUUGAGAUUCUAUCCCGUGUCCUCAAGGGCCGCGGCGGCAAGCUCGUUGUUGAUGAUGAGGAAGAGGAAGAAGAGGAAGCCGAAGAAGAGGGGCGCAAGCCGGACCAGGAGUCGAAGUCGCCCAUUCCGUCCGAGCCGUCUUCGCCGAAGCAGCCCGCUGCGAAGGCGGAGGACGAUAAGCUGGCCGACAUGAUGAGCAAAGUCUCUAUUAAGUCCUAGAGUCAAGCGUCGAGCUGGAACAGAAACGUCCAUUGUAUCUAUAGAACCAUUCAAGUGGCAAGUUCCAAUGUGUACAGGAUAGAGCAGUGUUCAACCGGGAGUAGGAUCACUAAUUCUAAUUACAAGUGUCCAGGCGACCAGGCACUUAGGAAGCCAUAGAGCCAGUUUCUACUUGUCUAGACUGAGUACUGGAUAUGCAGUCCGUGUCCGCUAAGUUGAUGUCAUUUAGCCUGCUAGGUGGCGAUCUCUGGAGAUUUGCGCCUAGCGAAGACGUGUAUGUGCGCCAAGCCAGGGACGCUUUGUAGACGCUACGCGAAGCACGAUGAGC